CAUUGUCAGAUAGGUGUGCAUGCGUUAAGGUUGUGCGGAGGAUAUCGCUCUUGAUGUUUUAGAUAGGUUUUAUUUUGAAUACAAAAGAAAACGUAGCUGACAGCUCCGAAGUUUUGGAUGUAUCGAAUCACUGUAUUGGCGACCAUAAGUUCCAUUGGAAAGCAAACACGUUGGAUUAAUAUUUAGACAGGAAAACGAAUUUUUGUCGAGAGAACGAAAAACUUUCGGUUUGGGUAUUGUCCCAAUGUAUCAGGAUUAGCUUUUGCGCGGGAAAUUAUUCUCUCCGUUUUGCAUUCAUAUUUCAUUCACCCUGGAGCGGGAUAUAGGUUCUCGGCCGGUGAGAGCCGCAAAUAGCAACGAACUCAGUAUAAUCAUGCCACCUCAGCUUUUAGAACACUCAAGUACGUUUUUAUCAGAUGGAGGUCCGAGCACGGACUCCAACGACUCCGCCAGUUCCACUGGUGGGGAUUCGUCCACUCACAGGGAUAGUAAUAAAGUGAAAUGUGUGCUAAUUGGCGAUGGAGCCAUUGGAAAAACUAGUUUGAUUGUGAGUUAUACCACAAACGGAUAUCCCACGGAAUAUGUUCCCACAGCUUUUGAUAAUUAUUCAGUGGAAGUCACAGUAGACCACAGACCAGUCCAACUGCAACUUUGUGAUACAGCCGGCCAGGAUGACUUCGAUGCGAUACGGCCACUCUGCUACCCCGGCACCGACAUAUUCCUUCUCUGCUUCAGCGUGGUGUCGCCAGCAUCUUUCAAUAACACACUCGAAAAGUGGCACCAAGAAGUACGGCACUGUGCGCCAGGGGUGCCGGUGAUUCUUGUCGGAACGCAAUGUGAUCUACGAAGUGACGUUAAAGUUUUGAUCGAACUUUCAAAAUACGGUGAAGUGCCAGUUCCAGAGGAUCAGAUUCUUGACACGAUGGAAGAUAUCGGGGCGCUCAAGUAUAUCGAGUGUUCUGCAUUGACGCAAAAAAAUCUUAAGGAGGUGUUUGAUACGGCCAUAUUGACUGCUUUAAACUGGAAUGGUUAUCGGCGGAAGUUAGUAAGCCGAGGUACCGGUAGUAAAAAGUCACAAAAGAAACGAAAGAAGAGUCUCCGCGAGGACCGUGAACUUAUUCCGGCGCCAGGUGAUCAGUCAAAACCGCGGCGGUCUGGUUGGAAGAAAUAUCUGUGUGUCACGUGAUUGGACGAUAUCAAAAUUUGGUUCUGCUAAAGCAAUGGUCAAUAAACCCUGUAGACCCCUCCCUUCUCGUUGAAGCCAUGAAAGGGUUGAACUCUGCAGAUCAAAGUUACUGUGGAUCAUUUUAUUAUUUUUUUGUCAGAACAUCUCCUAACAGUGACAAACUGAAUUGAAAAAAUGGUGACCAUUGCUUCAUUUUCAUAUCAUACAAAACAGCACAAAAUGAUCCAUUGUACCAAUAAUUUACAACAUGUAGAUUUGCUCAAUUUUUGCCAUAUUCCAUCCUUUGCUAUUGAUGGCCAGACAUAUGGCCAAAUGAGAAACAGGACACAAUUUAGUCAUAAACUCUAUGUUACAUUGCCUUUACUGAAGAAGACAAGAAAAAUGAUGAGUUACAUUGAGUUUGUGAUGAAACUAAACUUAACCAUAAUUUCCAAGUAUGGGAUAUCGUUUCUACUCCUCUGGUUCAUACAGUUUUCAUUCUCACUUUCCAUCCUUGCAUACCUUCUUCUAACACCGUUUAAAAGAAUUGAAUGACUAAUUCAGCAUUCGUAACCUUAACUUGAGUGGAUUUCAAAGCCUUAUGAGAUCAUAGUCCACUUGACAUGGUUCAUGUUGCCCACGCUUUCAGAGAACUUUAUAUUGAAACUGAUAUCAUUGAGCAUGACAAUUUUCCUGUUAAAGUGAAUUUCGCACAAGCAAUACAAUGCCCCUCCAUUCCCUGCACCUCUUUCAGUAUCAAAGCCAUUGUUGCAUCAAGUCACUACAAUGGAAUUCCCAUACAGAAAGAUAUGCUUUAACAUAUUCAUAGUAAUAACAGAAUACAAUUUGAACUAAGUAUGAAUGUUUCAUUUCACAAGAACGAUGUGGGUUUUUACAACUAAUGUCAUGCUCCAGUAGUUUGCUUUUUCGAUAUCUUUUGCUAUGGACUAUUAAGGUAAAUCAUUUGCUUUGAAUUUUACGUCAUUCUAUUGCUGGGAAAGCCAGAGUUGUCUACUCUUGACACUGUUGAAAUAAGUUUUAGGAGUUAUUUUUAAAGGUUUCGAAAAAUGUCAUGCUACUUUUUUGGUUUACGCAUGAUACAGGAACAGAAGUGUACAAAGUUCAAAAUUGUUGUUUUUCAGAAUUUGAUGAUUGGACAAAUUUUGAGUUUUCUUGUUUUAUUUGCUUGUUGAUUACAUUAUGGUCUAUUCUGGCUUGAAAGAUCAAAUGAACUGUACAUUGUAAGCGGAGAUCCUGUACUUAAUGCCCAUUGCAAUUCAGCAAGCUUGUAAUGGAACAGAUGAACUUAAAUCUACUGCUGCCCUGCUAUGUGAUUACUAAGGGAAAAAAACCAGUAUUUUAAUUCUUUUCUUGUUAAAAUUAUGCUUGUUAUCGGUCAAGAAUAUUGGGUGAAGGGGAUAUAUGAUAAAAAAUGUUACUCCAAAAUUAACUUGACAAUGUCUGUUUUUUGUUCGGGUGAGAAGUGUUAUUCCAGCGGUUCCAGUGAAGAAGUCCUUGACAGCUAGAUUUCGUUUUGAUUUUUGUCAUAUAUUUUCUGUUUCGAUGACAAAGUUUGAUCUAUUUCUCCAGCUGAUAUAUCACAGACUUCAGUUAAAUCUUCAUUUCGACGCAGGCGCCUGAAUUUGUCACCCAUAUCAUGCCAUUCAGUAUAUUUUGCUAGGCUAUUGCUUGUGAACAAAAAAAUGUUUGGAUGAUUUCAGUCUGGUUGUACCAAAGUUACCGGAAUUCAACUGUCAAAGUUAAAGUCAAGUUAAAUCUUGCAAUUGUGGUACACAAAGACUGAUACUGAAUUGUAUAUGAGCUAAUGAUCAGAAUGGCCCAGAUGGUCACUUUUUUGACAAACUUGCACAUCUACACUAUUGAGAAAUGUUGAAGAAACCAUCAUGUUUAUAAUGAUAAUUUCUGCUUCCUCAAUCAGAGAGCACUUUGAUUAGCUUUGCAGGGUUGCCAACAUUCAUUUUAUGUUGUAUAUGUUUCUAAUCAAAAUACCUGAGCCCUAGGCUACCUAAACUGAUUGUAAAUAAUUGUUAAAGCUGCAGAAUGUGAUUUAUGAAAACUAAUUCAUUUAGUUAUAGACAACAGAGUGUCUCAAAAGGAACAAACUGAAAUAUAAAAACUCUCUAAACAUGCGAAAGGAUGAGAAAAAUGUAUCAUUUAUGCCAAAAUUGAGACACUAUACUUGUAAAUUUUCAAAAGAAGAGCCUGCAGCUCGGUGUAAUAUAUGAUGUUUAUAAGAUUUUUAAAAAUAAAGUUCUAAACUUGAUC